AAAGUAUUGUUGACAUAUUCAAUUAUAAUUCUUUCAUAGAAAAUGUUUAUUUAGUUAGUGAAAAUGCUUAUAGAAAGGAGGUGUAUUUGUAAUGACGAAACGCUCGAGGAUUCCCCUCCGGUAUAAAACCGCUCGGAUAAGUUCCUGCAAGACUUUCUUCGGCUGUGACACCCACUUACUUCUUCGAAAGGGCCCCUUUCGGUCGCGAGUCGAUGCAACUCCGGCUUCACUGAGUGAUGUGAUUGUGGCUGUGGAACAUUCACUUUUGUGUCCGUUUUGUACGGUUUUUGGUUUCUGUGCAAUCGUCUAGGAUAGGAAUUUGUUUUUUUUUGGAUUACGCACAUCCGCCUGAGAUGCCCAUCACCAAGCUCCAUUUGCUGGUACUGGCCCAACUGGCGUCCCAUUCGCUCGCCCAAAACGCCAGAUCCUACGACACCAACGACUGGGUGCCGGUCACCCAAACCGCCGGCGACCCCGGCGCCCCCAAAAACCCCACCGGCCGCGUCCUCAACAUCGACGCCCCCGCCCAGAAAUUCUUCCCCGACGAAUUCAACUACAAGAAACCCCGACCGAGACCCAAACACAAAGAACGCCCCGACGACGCCUACAAGUUCGAAGUACCCCCGUCUCUCCCACAGAACGUACCGCCUGCGAUGAAAUUGCUGUACCAAUUUCCACCGCCUCCUUUGGAUAUCUACCAUCCACCGCCGCCUCCCGGGGAUUACCCGCAAGCGCAGGCUUUGAGAGCGCCGUACCAGCACCAAGCAGGUGCUUAUCAGCAGUACCAGUUGCAGCAGGAGCCUUCUAUACCGAGCGUUUCCGCUUAUAACACAUCGUUUUACCAAACCAUAAAUCCUUUGUCGAUUAAUCAGGAAUUGGUAGGCGGUGUUCGGUACCAGGCGGUACCUGAAAAGCUGCGAAAUUCCGAGAAAAUUAACGGUGGUAAAGACAGCGUGCAGUUGGUGUAUGUUCCGUUGGAGAAUUUGAAGGAAAACCAACAGGUACCCGUACCGCAGGAUACACAAAACAUCUAUCGACAAGUAGAUUCGCCGAGAUACGAUCAACCGAAUCCCCAUCAGAAACCUCAUAAUUUGGCUGCAAUCGAACAGGAUUUCAUACAGCAAGCUCUCCAAGCUACUAAGCUUCAAGAGCAAAUCCAACAAGGAGAACCUCUUUACUUUCAAAUAACUACCACUACGCCUAAACCGGUUAAUAAGAGGAAACCCCACCAGCCUCCUCUGGCUGUUUAUUUAGAAGGCGAGAAACAACGAGCGGAUAUCACAGACGUUUUAUCGGCUUUGCAAGAAGCUAAAAGUAUAGCGGUGCAAGAUAGCAUCCAGCCGAAUUCCCCGGAAAUAUUCAUAGGACCUUCGACGUUGGAUUCGUCGGAUUAUUCCAAGUUUCCUCUGCCUUACCUCAACAGCAUCGACGGCCAGAGGAUCAGCAAGAACAUCGAGAAUCUACCGUUCUUCGUGGCGCCUCAGAACUUCAAAACACCGCCUGGGUUUUCGAAAAUUCCUCUACCAGCGCCUCACGUGGGAUCCGUGGUGGUUUCUAUCAAAGAUGAUUUGCACGGGAAAAGAUCCACACCGAGACCUAAUCAGUUUCUAUCGGAUAACUCGAAGCAACUGGGACGAGACAAUUCUGUCUCCGAGUACCAGAAAUCGGAAACUCUAACUCCCCAGCCGUAUUUCGGGCAAACUUACUACGAUCGAGGGGCUUAUUUGACUUCGCCCCAGCCGGAGUUGGUAGAAUUGGAUGUUAACGGGCAAACGAAGCAGUAUCUACCAGAAGUGAACUACAAUCGAGAGAUUUAUAAUAACGCCUACAAUAAUCAACGAUUAGAGGCCAGCAAAAAUAGAGAAGUUCAACCUCAAACAUCGUUUCAAUACAACUACGAUGAUCGAAACAUUAAACCUGAAGCUAAUAGAGAUUUGAACUACAAUUCUCCAGCUAGUUUAUCCUACACAGGGCCUCAAACAUACCAAGGGGAUGACAAACAACCAAAUCGAAACGUUUUUACUGAUGUUAGUAACCAACAGAAUGCAUAUAGAUUAAAAAACAUCCAGCCAGUGGUGUACGAACCGAUUUCUACCACCUUCAACGCCGCUUCGCGACCAACUUACGAAGCUAAAAUUAAACCCGAGACCACAACAAAAGCUUAUAAUGGAGAUAAUCAACAGACACCGAAAGCGCCGGAUGUUAGCCCGUUGGAAUUGGCGAUCAACGAGUUCGAACUGCAUCAGAUCAACGCGCAAUUGGAGGAGAAACCGAGGAUUAGAAAUCAGAACUACAAAACCCAAAAUUCCGAUGACGGCGAAUACAAAUUCGAUCCGGAAUUGCAUCGGUUUUCCAGCACGCCCUCCUCGAUUUUGAGAGAUACUUACGAAACCACUGCUAGACCAACCGUCGGGUCCAGAACAAGGAUUAGAAAUCGACCGAAAACCACCACACAACCUUCGAGCGAUGAAAGCGAAGAAACUUACACCAUUUUGGAGGAUUUCUCUAUCAAACAACGACCCCAAAACAACCAACAAGAACUCACUCAAACCGAAACCCCUGCUCGACAAGCCUACAAAAAUCCCAACUAUAACAGCGAUGUUACCGAAAUCGAGAACAUUCCCACCAAAGUUUACAGUCUAAACAUCAACAAAAACUCCCCAGAAUACACCGAAGAAGCCCCAUCAACCGAACAUCCUUACACUCUCAACCAAAUGGAUCAACAAGUACUAAAACAAAUCGAACAACAAGGUCAAUUCGAAGUUACACCACAACAUCACCCGAUUUACUCCAACCAACAAUCAAACGACUACCCUCAAAGCCAAUCAGAAGAAAACCCCAACGAAUACUCCUCGUCUUUAGACGAUCCCUCCAUUAGGGCUCUAUUAGUACCUCUAGUACCAACCACAACCAACGCUGAUGUUUACACAGGACCCAGUUACUUGCCUACGACUGAAACAAUCAAACAUAGUACUACAAGUACUACCACAGAAAGAGCAGUACCGGAAACUACCACGCAAUCUCGGGUGCGAUCCAGGACGCGCGGAGGCGGCAGGUUUAGCACCCAAAGUACCACCAAACGAUCCGUUUCGAGGAGAAGACCUGCCUCUAGGGUAACAACAGAGAGACCCAGCAGGUAUUCCUAUUCCCAAGACGAUGAUUACACUACCAGAAGCUCAGUAAUCAAAUCCAGAUUUAGAACCAGAGUGCGUACCACUCCUAGUACCAUCCCGCAGCAAUCGACUGAAGUAAACGAGGUUCACCAAAUUCCUACAUCGGAGACUAGGUUAAGAACCCAUCCAGAGUCUGCUGAUUCGGAUAAAGUAGUGACUGUAAAGCCCGAGGAACAAGUCUAUUCCGUUUCCAAAGAAUAUCCAACAUCGACUCGUCCUUUUAUACAAUACGACAACACAGCAUCGACUUCUAAACCGAACAUAAACGUGCAAAUAACGCAUCCCGAUGAUGUUCCCAAAGAAAGAACUCGAGUAAGAAGUAGAGUGAAAGAUAGACCUCGAACUUCUUCGACUGAAAGAGUAGUUACCAGAAGGAUUAUCGAGAAAACUCCGCCUGCGAAAGAAGAUAGCGAAGAGGAGUUUUACGGAUUCUUUAGAAGACCGGACUUCGGUCCAUCGAGUGAAACCACCGUGGAUGUUCCUUCUACCACUCCAAGGCACAGGAUUUACUCCUACCAAACUCCCAGUCAACACGGUGAAGAUUACCAGUUGAAUGUAGAUAACACUCGAGUGGAAUCCACGACGGUGAGAUUCAUCGGAGAAAUAGUUCCGAAAUACACCACCAGUAGAGAAAUUGCUGCAGAAACCGAAACCCCGAAACCUAGAAUUAGAACCAGAACGAGAACUCCUCAAAGAAAAACCCAAUCAGAACCAACCACUAGACGUUCGAACGUUAUCAGAUCCAGGGGAAAAACUCAUUUCAAACUACCAGAAACCGCGAAGAAGAUUAAAGAAGACGAAGAUGCCGAAGUAGAAGGCGGGAAUUAUCCGGCGCAAUUUUUACAAGGAAGAAGAACAUCCUCAACUCCUACACCUAACUUCCAAAUAACAGUUUCUCCUGAAGACGAAGACGAUCAAGUAAUACACUCCUCAUUGUACAGACCUAAUGUGAUAGCAAGACCGCAGGAAUGGCACGAUGCAUCAGAAUAUCCAGAUAACAACAAAAAAACCAAUUCCAACUCGCUGGAUAACGAUGAGGAUAAAUCAAAGUUAACCGACGAUCAGCAGGAUCAACCUUACGCUUUACCGGUUCAUUCGGUUACUGAAGAAGUUGUAGAAACAACACCAGCUGGUACUAGCGAAGAAUUGUUCAAGGAAACCACCAAGCGAAUCGCCGAGCAAUUCGAAGCUGUGAAUAACUUCGAAACUGAGACUGAAAGCGAGUUUGAAACGGAGAAACCGGCGAAGCAGAAGAAGAAGAAGGGCGUGUGGAAAUUGGUGAAGCAUCGACCGGUGGAUCGAUUGGAAACGUCGGAGAGUCAAAACUAUUUUUCGGUUCUGAAUGCUUUCUACGAUAUCCAGAAGGUUGAUGGUAAUAAAGGAGAAUUCGAAGAAGUUGUGGACGAAAUUAAGCAGAGCGCUGGAGAACAAGCACUUGAUAAAAAUAGGGUAAACGAAAAAGAAGAAUACAACGAAGCUGAUGAAUUAGAAACCACAACGUUUGCACCCGAAGAAGCACCUGUUACAACAAUCAACGAUAACGAAAUUACUACAAUAGUAACAUCAACGAUAAAAUCGGAGAAAGAUGAGGAUUUCCUGGACUCCAUUUACGAAAUGUUUGGUAUGUCGAGAACAGAAGAAAAAACCACCAUUCCUCCUAUUCAAGAAACAGAAACCUCACCUCCUGUUACUACAACAUUGAAUCCAACUUUCCCGCAGGAAAUCGACGAUUCGCAGGCAGCGAAUUCGACUGAAGCGCCUGCAGAAAUCACCACCAUUCUGGAGGAUUUUUCAACUACUCAGCAAGCUAAAAACGAUGUUAAAGCUUCCAUUUCGGAGGUGGAACCGUGGAAGAUGCGGGAAAUUAGGACCUCCACGUCGACCGAAGUGUCCCACGAGACCGAAAUUUGCUACAGGGGGCGCUGCGUGAAAUCCCACGGGAGAAAAAAGAGAUUGUAGGAGGGUUUCAUGAAAGUGCUAGGGAAUUUAAAUGAUUUGUUGGCAGUUAGAGGGGUUGAUUUGAAUCGGAAUGCGGCCAAAAGUUCGAUUUAGUGUUUUUAAUUCGUGUAUUUAAAUGCAGAAUUUUUGUUGAUCGUUUGAGGUAAUUUUAAUUCCGUCUUAAAGAGGAGUAAUCCGGUGCUGAUAUUUGGAAAAAUUAGGAUAAUUGUGGAUGAGAAUGUAUAGGAAUAACUUAAUUUAAUCGCUUUGAGUAUUUACAUUGGAUUAUUAUUUAACAAUGGGGUAGGUGAAAAAUAUUAAACUAUUCCGUUAAUUGAAUGUUUUUUUUUAAAUUCAUCGAGUGUGAUUUUUUUUUGUAAAUAUAUCAGUGUGAAUGGAAAAACGGUGCGUAAGAUCGUUUUAUAUUUUUUCUAGGUUUUUAUUUUUGACUAUUUAUUUGUAACUAUUAAAUUAAUGUAUUAGACUGUACACCGACAAUAAUGAAAUACGUUUUAAUAAAAAUUACAACAUAUUUUCGUAAUUAUUUUCAUCAUCAUGACCGAUUUUAGGUAAGUAUAUAAAAAAUUUAAUUCGUUAAAUAAAAUUAGUUUUAUCGAAAUAAAUUCAUCUUAUCCAAAACGAAUCAAACAGUCGUUUUAUUUUCCUUAUACAACAGAAAAAAAUAAAAAAAGGGGGUAUUAUCACAAGGGGGGAUUAUAAAUUCGCACAACUCCUGUACAAUUAUUAUUUGAAUCAAAUUCGUUAAAAAAAACACAAUCUUCGCGUUUAAAUCGCAACAACCCUUUUCUCACUCGAUUUACCUUCAAUUUCAAAAUCCAAUUCGCUCGCCCUACAAACAAAAAAAUACCAUUUUUUAAUAUUUACAACAGAUUUAUUUUAAAUACCUCUCUCGAUGUUUCGUAUGUACAAUAAUAAAAACGAUUUACAAUUUUGCAAACAAAAAAACAGCCAAUGCUACUACACAUCGUAUUAAUAAUAUCUAAUUUUAAUAAAUUUAGCUCUUAAAUGCAACUGAAUCUAAUAAAAAUAUUAACCUCCUGGUAGGUACUAUUCAAACAAAAAAAUAUACAUAAGGGAGGCCGGAGUUUUGUACCUAAUAAAAAAUAUAUAAAUAUCGUCUAUACGUAACAAAAAAAACAACAAAAAGAAAAAAAAAUAAUAAACAAUUUCAUACAAAAUUGCCCAGUUUCCACCAAAAAACACUAACAUUCUCGUUUUCCCAGAGUUGACAAAUUAGUUAAAUAGUUCAUUUUUUGAUCAUUGGCAGCAUAAGGAUUAUUCUAUAAAGUAAUUAUUUUUUACAUAAUCAUUGUCAAUGGAUCUUCCAGGUAACGUUUAAAGUGCUGCAACCAUUUCGCUCCAACAGCUCCAUCUACCGUCCGAUGAUCGCAACUCAAUGUUACUUGUAGAAAUUGUGCCGUCCUAAAUCUAUAAGAAAAAAAUAAAUAAUUUAAAGUCGUAGCUUCACAAAAAUAUAUACAGAAUAUACACGAUGAGUUAUCUUACACUUUCCUAACUCUUUUUCAACCUACCCCAUUCUCGUUCUACACUUUUCUAUCUCAAUUUACUCAUCUCUACUCUUCUCUACCCUUUUCUUCGUUAUUUUAGGCUUCCCUACACUUUCCUACCUCAAUUUACUCAUCUCUACUCUUCUCUACCCUUUUCUUCGUUAUUUUAGGCUUCCCUACACUUUCCUACCUCAAUAUACUCUUCUCUACCCAUUUUCUACGUCAUUCUAGACUUCCCUUUGCUUUCCUACCUCUUUUUUCACCCUAUCCCAUCUCGUUCUACACUUUUCUACCACAAUCUACUCUUCUCUACCCCUUUUCUACGUCAUUCUAGGCUUCCCUACGCUUCCCUACAUCUUUUUUCACUCUAUCUCAUCUCGUUCUACACUUUUCUACCACAAUCUACUCUUCUCUACCCCUUUUUCUACGUCAUUCUAGGCUUCCCUACGCUUCCCUACCUCUUUUUUCACUCUAUCCCAUCUCGUUCUACACUUUUCUACCACAAUCUACUCUUCUCUACCCCUUUUUCUACGUCAUUCUAGGCUUCCCUACCCUUUCCUACCUCUUCUUUCACCCUAUCCCAUUCCCAUUCUACACUUUUCUACCUCGACCAACGCUUCUCUACCCCUUUUCUACCCCCCUACUCAUCGUUUUCUCCCUCACCCUUUGGGCGCCUCCGGAUCUUCGAUCAACCGCUUGGUGGCGCUCCCGAUGGCCAAAAUACAACUCUGCGGCGGAUUGAUGACGGCGCUGAAACUAUCGAUGCCCAUCAUGCCCAAAUUCGACACGCUUAUGGUGCCCCCUUGGAACUCUUGCGGUUGCAAUUUCCCCUCGCGCGCCUUCGCCGCCAAUUGCUUCAUCGAUUUGCUGAUCUCCGACAGACCUUUUCGCUCCGUUUGGAAUAUUAUCGGCGUUAUCAGACCUUUAUCGGUCGAUACGGCCACGCUCACGUCGACGUUGUUGUAUUGCCUGAUGGUGGUGUCGUUCCACGACGAAUUCGCCUCCGGUACCUGCGCGAAAAUUAGCGUUAAAUACAUCAUCGAAUUGUAUUCGAUAACGAUAUAAACUCACUUGUACCGAAGCCUGCGCGACGGCUUUGAUGAUGAAAUCGUUCACGCUCAAUUUCACGCCUUCCUUCUCCAAUUUCUUGUUGAACGAUUCCCUGGCCUGCAUCAAUUUAUCGAUGUUGAUCUCCACCGAUAGAUAAUAGUGCGGUAUCGAUUGCUUCGAUUGCAACAAUCUCUUCGCUAUGGUGGCUCUCAUGCCGCUCACCGGAAUAUCCACGAAGGAAGCCGAAGCCGAAGGGGCUGCCGCUCCCGGUCUAGAUUCGAUAAUCUGACCUUGUAAUCGGAUGUUCCUCUGUUCGGCCAGUCGCUUGGCCAUCGGGCUGACGUACACCCUACCUUUCGAGUCCGGUUCGGGUAUGGCUGGAGCGCUCGGAGCGCUCGGAGCGCUCGGAGGAGCCGGAGCGGGGGCGGCGGGGGCGACUGCGGGAGCGGGUGCGGCCGGGGCGGGCGUCGGGGCGGGCGGGGGCGCCGCGGCGGCCGCCGGAGCGGGCGCCGGACUGUCGUCUUUGUAGUCUUUGAACGCCGCGAUGUCCGCUUGGUUUUCGACGAUGAUGCACACGAUUUUACCUGGAAAAUUAACGAGAUAUU